UCACAGAUUCCCUCACCGGCGAUCAGGAUGUGGAUGGUGCUGCUCGGACUCUGGUCAGGGUUACUGGCCUCAUCCAGAUCACAGUCUACCACAGCGGUGCGUGCGCGGAGCUGCAGCUAUGUUGGAGUGUUUCAUGUAGAGGGGAAAGAACGCUAUAGUCUGACGUUUGAGAUGGCCAAGAGCUUGUGCGAGGAUUUAUCGUCUACAUUAGCCAAUAUGAUGCAGGUGGAGGAAGCCUAUAAAGCAGGACUACAGACAUGCAGGUAUGGCUGGGUAAACAGCACAGAGCUGGUGAUCCUCCGUCACAAGGCAAAUCAUCUCUGUGCUGGCAACCAAACUGGCAUCAUCAAGAAGGUUCAAGACAAGAAGAAAUACGACGCCUUCUGUUACGAUGCUAAAGAUUUGUCAGUGAAGAACUGUACAGCUGAGAUUAACCCUGAAAGUUCAAAAAAAGCAGAUGCCAACCCUGUCACAGCAUCUACAAGUAUAAACACAGAAGUCACAACACGCCAACACAAUGCUGAAGCGGAAGAGAGUGAAACUUCAACAUCUGAGGCUUUGGGAGAUACAUCAGUGUCUACUCCAGGUCACUGGACACAGACCAGUGGCCCACGGAGCCCAGUGGAGCACAAUGAGACCGACCAGACGCAUGAUACAGACUAUACAGAGAAUACAGAGGAGUCCACAACCUUACUACCUAAUGCAGACACCACAGGGAUGGCAAUGGAUGAGAGAACAUCCAGGCAUGAAACAACAACAACUAAUAAAACAGGACAUGUCAGCCCAAACAACAGUCCUCCAGGAUCACAUACGACCAGAUCAUCAGACUUGCUGAUCAUUUUACUUACGAUCUUGGCAGUUCUCCUCAUUCUGCUUAUCUGUAUCAUUGUAGCAACCAGAAAAAGAUGUUGUGGCAAGAAAAAGACUCUGAUUAUCACAAAGAAGAGCAGCAGUAAAGAGAACGGUGCGUCAGCGUCAUUCGCUCAGGAGCCGGAGACGGUCACACUCGUCCACUGAACAGAUCACGAGGAACAGCAACAUCAAUCUGGAUAACCGAGAAAACAUUAGAAAACAUGACCAGAGAAAGCGACCUGGGAAUGAAAACGAAAAUAAGAGGCCUUGAGACUGAGAUUUGAAAUAAAUCAAGGAUUUAAGGAUCAGA